AUGACCUCCAUUCCAAGUACUUCUAAAUCUGACUUGAACACUGAAAAUACAUUGACAUCAUGUGAAAUAUGCCAAGUUCCAGCUCAUGGAAUUCAUUUUGGAGUGAUGACUUGUAGAGCUUGUGCUGCUUUUUUCAGAUAUCACUUGAAAUCCUGUCGAUACAAAAGAUGUGUGACUCUAGGAAUGACUCCUGAAAAUGUGCAAAGAUACAGAGAUUCGUUCACCACACCAAGAAGCCAAGAAAAAAGAAAAAAGAGGAUUUCUGUAGAGAAUUUGGAUCAACCUUAUGAAUUGAAAGGCAAGCCAAAUCGAGUAGUUGAUGUCAGCUCAAUGAAAAGAGAAAUUUGUGAAAUUUUAAAAUAUAAAUCCACAUCUCCGGAAUCUGAGAAAAUGAACAAACUGGAGCUCUCCGAAUAUGCAUUACGAGAAUGGAGGAAUAAACAGAAACCAGAAAAUGAGAUGAAACAUCUCGUCAUUUUACCAAUCAUAAAUCUGUUCGAAAUUUUCAAAAAACAGAUGUUUGUUGUGGCUCGCUGGCUCUCGUAUUCUCCAGAUUUUCAAAAACUUCAAGAAGAUCAAAAGUAUCAAUUUUUCAAGUUAGUCUGGAAUAUUUGGAGAAAAUUCGAAAGAUAUCAGAUUUCAUUGGAAAUGUUCGGAGACGAAGCUAUCACUCACGAAAAGUUUGCUUUGAAUGACCAAAAUCUGGUUACUAUCGCUCUUCAACUGAAAUUUUCUGAAAUUUCGGAUGAAACUGACGAGAAACUCACAAAGUGUUUUCGUGAUGUAUGGAGAUCAAUGUUCCUGCGAAUAGCAAAACCCCUGCAAGACUUGAAGCCUACGUCUACCGAAAUGGCGUUUAUGCUCAGUGAAAUGAGUUGGCAGAUUGCAGGAAAAUCGAUGCAAGGCUCAGUGUUAGAAUUAUCUGAAAAAGUGCGGGAUGAGCUUGCUGACAACCUUCAUUCGUACUAUAAAACGAAUGGAAACUCCCUGAACUACGCGGGUCGUCUCAUAAAACUCACUAAAAUUGUGAAUUCCCUCAUCAAUUUUCAUGCAGAACUCAAAAAUCGGAUGGAGAUUGUUCGAAUUUUCAAAGUAUUCACCGUCGAUCUCUCUGAACCUGACUUGUAUGACAUCUGA